AUGCCACCGGUUCAGAACAUACAGUAUCAGCAACAGCAGCCUUCGAACUUCGACAAGUUCAAGAUGGGACUCAUGAUGGGUUACAUUCUCGGUUCAGCAGCAACCUUUGGAUUAUUCAUGUCGAUUGGAUCUGUGAUCAGGUCAGAGAGCGCUUACGACGUCGCGAUGAGUCGGCCAGGGUCUCUAGCCGAGCUCAAGGCGCAUAUGAUGGCUAGACACCUGGUCAGCAUGGAACAAAACAAGAACAACUCUCAAUAG